AUGUCCGAUCCACCAUGGAUACAUUCAUCGGUUAAAGUAACUUUACUAGCAGUUGUUUUGCUAGUCUCAUUAAUGUUAAAUUUACCUGUUUUGUUAGCAUUCGUUAAAAAACCGCAAAUCAUAGAGGAUGAAAAUCGCUACAGAUUUAUCCGAACUCAAGUAGUAAUUAAUUUAGUUUGUACAGUGCUUUCUCUACCGCUAUCUAUCGCCGUAAUUGCCGCCAAUAGAUGGCCGUUCGGUUGGAUAUUUUGUAGUAUUUACGGUUAUAGCCACCAAUUUUUUGCAUUACUUUGUAUAGCUAUUGUAGCCAUUAUCUCUAUUGAUCGAUAUAUAGCCAUAGCUUUGCCUUAUCGUCAUACUUUCCGAUUUACAACGCGUAAAAGUAAUAUAGCAAUUGUCCUUACUGCACUGAUUUGUGCAAUUUUAUCUUUACCGUCGUUAUUAAUUAGAAUUUUUAUUGUUUCACCGACCUUCGAAACAUGCACAUUUUACUAUCCGGUUUAUUGUCAAGGUACACCAGAAGAUUAUAACUGUAUCAAUAUAACCAAUAGUGAUAAUAAUAGUUUUAAUGCCAGUAUUGCUACUAAUUUCAAUAUUCGUGCGAUCUUUGCUUACUCGAUAACUUGUACUUGUAUAUACUACGUUAUACCUUUUAUAUUUAUUAUCGCUGUCCAUGGUUACAUUUUGGUUAUCGCUAAUCGUCAUCGUCGACCUAAUAUGGAACCAAAUAACAGCCAAACAACGCUAAUAAAUCACCAAGGUGAUAAAAGAACAAGUCUUUUUGAUGACAACGUGAGCAAUCGUAUUAAUCAAAAUAAUCAGAAUCAGGAUAAUAACAGUAAUGGCCGACCGAGAACUUAUUCAGACAGUAGCGUGUUCGAUAGCCAAAAAUGUGGUGGGCGUAAAGAUUCGAAUACUGAUGAUUCUUUCACUACAGAUGCCGAUAUUCGAUCAAUUCGGCAUCCUAGUAUAAAUUCCAUUCGGCGUCCUAGUAUAAAUUCUAUUCGGCGAUCAAUCUCUCGACGAAAACAAAGUAUCGUCAGUAAUGUUAGUAUGAUUCGAUUGAAAAUAUCCAGACAUAAAGCUGCUAAAUCGUUGGUCUAUGUUUCGUCAGCGUUUGCCUUGUGUUUAACAGGCUAUUUUGUAGUCUUGAUUUUAGAUAUGACAUGUACAGGUCCAAAUCGUGUAUAUGUCAGCAACGAUGUUAAGUUUAUCACUUACUUUCUGAUGUCUUUAACAUUUCUUGUCAAUCCAAUUAUUUAUGCAUAUAGCAGCAAGAAUAUCGUGAAAGAGAUUAAACGACUUCUCAAGAUGAGUGAUAAUAAAGUUUCUCCAAGUCAAACACUAGCAUCCAGGCAAUUUAGUCAAAACGCAGAAGGUCGGCGUUUAUCUAUUCCAGCAGAUAUUUCAUGCAGUGAUAAUUUUACAGUUAAUAAUGCUGAUAUGAUGAGCAAACCUACAAGGAUACCUAAUGUAUCGGUUACUGGUACAAGACCACAACGCACUCCAAGAAUUGAAUCGAAUGUAAUAAAACCUAGCCUUUCUGGUGGUAAAUUACAAGAUUUACCAGAAAAUGAAGAGUUAAAAUUGACUGAAAGAUCAGAGAAGAUCUUUCGGUCAGUUUCAUUUAGUUUCGGUGAUGCAGCCACGAUUAAUGCUAAAAGGCAACGCGCUCAGCGUAUGGCUAACAGUAAGAAAGGACUCGGUGGCGAUAAUUUACCUUCUCUAACACCAAAUCAACCUAACUUAAAUGAUGUCUACAACGAGUUAAGACCGCGAGCUGCUACUUUUGUCUUCAACGACGAUAGGAGAUCAUCCAAUACGUCGACAGUUGAUGAUGAUUGCUCUAGCACUGCUACACUUUUAAAACGCGAAGCUGGAGGCUCGAUUAAUGGAUCAUUUUCAAGCUGGGAUAAUGAAAAUGAUGGUGUUUCGUCAACCUCAACUGAUCGCUCAACGACUACGUUAUUACCAUUAGUCAGUGUUAGUAAUGAACGAAAUACGUCGAUAGGCACCACUAAGACAUUGAAUAUCGAAGAUUUGAAGACACCAUCACGUAAAGCUUUAUCAUUACAACCGUUGAUGAAAAGUUAG